AUGGAGGACACUGCCUUGAAUCAUCGAGCUGAGUUUGCCUUUGCUCAGCUUGAGAACGAGAGAUCUCUGACAUCUCUUCGUGACGAGCUAAGGGUAGCUCGUGGGAUUGCUGAUCGGUCUCGGGAUGAGAUAGCUGCUCUUCAGACCCUUGUUGAUGCCCACCAUCGGGAGCACAAGGCUCUCUGCGAGAUGCUUGAGCGCAAGGGCGUUCUUCAUCGGAAGAAGCAGCGUACUGAUGGUACGGCUUAA